AAUUAUCAUUUGUGAAAUACCUACAUUAAAAUGUCGAGUAUUUCAUUAAUUUCAUUAAAUAAUGGCAGUUAUAUACCAUUUUUGGGUAUGGCGUUGUGGCAGGAUCCAAAUCAUCCAGAAAACAACAUAAAACACCUGCUGAACGAGGCUAUAGAAUUGGGAAUUCGAUAUUUUGAUUUUAGUCAUUUUUACGAAAACGAAAUAAAAAUAGGAGAAAUUAUAAAAGAAAAAAUUAAAAAAGGCGUAUUAAAAAGAAAGGAUUUAUUUAUUAGUUUAAAAUUGAAAAAAUCUGUACAAAAUAUUGAACUUAUGGAGUAUGGUGUCAAAAAGGCCUUAAAUAAUUUACAGUUAGAUUAUUUGGAUUUGGUUUAUAUUGAAAUGGAGGAUUUUGACGAGGAUGAUUGUAAUAAAACCUGGAAAGAAAUGGAGAGGCUCUACAAAAAUGAAACUAUUAAAGCUAUUGGUGUUUGUAAUUUUAACGAAAAAAAUCUUAAUUUUUUACUUAAAAUUUGUACAAUUACUCCAGCAGUUUAUUUGCUUGAUUAUCACCCAUAUAUGGACCAACUAAACAUCCAAAGUGAUUUAAACAUAAGAACAAUACAGCUAGGAUUAAGGAAUCCUUUUAAACAACCGUGGAUAUUUUCUAGGUUUACAAAUAUAUUAAAAAAUACAAAUAUUCAAGAAAUUGCUCAGAGGUAUAAAAGGACCCCGAGUCAACUCAUGCUGAGAUAUUAUUACCAAAAAAGCAAUAUUGUUCUUAUUAAAUUUGAUGAUCUUAAGGAGUUAAAGGAGUAUAUGGAUAUUAUGUUUUAUGUGGCCGCUGAAGAUAUGUGUAUGAUUAAAUCAUUGUUAAAACAACAAGCUAACACUUAAAACAAAAGAAUUUUU